AUGGCGCAAACCCGACACCCCCAGCAGCAGCAGCAGCAGCCGCCACCUCAGUUCACUUCUCAACCUUUUUCUCCUCCUGUCUCCUCUCCAUCACCUCACUCCGCCUCACCCGUAAAUGGAGGCGCAGCACCUCCUCCAUCAAAACGGCCUCGUCUUUCACCACUCCCCCCAUCGCAAUCGUCACCCUAUGCUUCGCCAAGCUUUGGUGCCAUGCAACUGCCUCAAACUCAACUCCAACCCCAACACCCGCCUCCCAUGAACGGGACACCGAACAACAUGCCACCAGCCCCUCCGGGUACCAUGGGGCCGCCCUCGCGACCUGUGGACAAAACGACUGACGCGGCGGAGUUGACGGACGUUCUGGCAUCAUCUGGUAUUGAUGUGCGGGAGGAGGAGGCAUUUCUAACGCGCAGCUUCUCGGGGCCUAAUGUGCAGGCGCAGCAGGCUCCUCGAGUGCAAACACCCCAUCACGCACAUCCCACCAACACUUCGUUUGCAUCCCAAGGCUCUGCAACAGGAACACUUUCCGCAUCCAGUAGUUUUGGCGACCUGCCUCACAUCAAGCCUGUGACUCCGCAGCAUUCCUAUACUGACCCCACCUCGCAACCCCCGGUCCCGUUCAAAGAUCCCAAUGAGCCUACCCGUGAGGAUACCGAAGCUGCGAGGAGAUCCCAGUACCACCUACAGGAGCCUUUCUUGUUGGCCAGACUGCUUGAGCAGAAGAUUCAGAAACGAGGCUUCGACCUUGGUGUUCGCAUUCCCUCGGAGGGACUUUUCCAUCCUGUUCCCGGUCGGCCGCAACCUAUUGAAGUGACUGGACCCGACGGGUCAUCUGUCAUUCGCACUGGCCAGACUAUCUUGAAUCAGGAGGGCGCACCCCUGGUGGACAUCUUGAACCUGAUGUCUCUUUCGUGCGAAGAGCGACUUAGAGGCAUCAUCGACUAUUCUGCAUCCCUAUCCCGCAGCCGGCGGGCACAUUCACAUGGUGCGGUCCCUGAUGAGUGGCAGGAUGUCGCACAGCCUUUAAAUCCAGUUGCCGGGAAUACGGCAACUCCUUCCAAGCGUAUGUGCAUCGUCUUGAGGCCUCAAAUUAACAGCAUGCUCACCUUGUCUUUAGGCCCACGUCCUGGAAGCGAAGCAUCUAUUGCAAGACCAGUCGCCGAGAAAUACCGCGCCCUUGUGAACAAAGAGUCAUCUCAGGAGAACAAGAGAGAAGCGAAACGGGCGAAGCGGAACGCGGAUGCCACCGUGGACGAACUUAUGGGCAAUCGGUCUGAAUCCGUUGAUGUCACCGGAUCCGCUCCUUCGACUCCUAUCGGCGAACGAGCUCCCAGCUUCGAUAAGAAAUCUAUGACCAAGAAGGAAGCGAAGAAGAUGAUGGAUUCCAAGGCCAGUGAGGCGCAACAGCACCAGCAGUCGGUCGAAACAGCCCGUUUAGCUACCAAUAGCAUGCUUUCCGGCCGUAUGUUCGGUACCAAGAAGUCAUAUUCUUGGUUGAAGCCAAGAGGCUCUUCCAGUGGAUUCUCAUCGCCAUCACGCCCCAACCCCCCUACCCCUAGUGCCACACCAGACAAGGCCGGUCGCGCUGGAGAUGCGCCCGCUGGUCAACCGAAACGAAGAAUUGGAACGUGGCGUGAGGACAAAGAGAAAGGGGCUGGCAUUCAGGUCCGGGAUCUUUUGUUCAUGCUCGAGGCAGAUGGAAGAGGAAUCAAGCACGUACAACGAGGCUACUUGAAGGAUCCCCGAAAUUGUUGA